GUGUUUGCAAACAGCUGUUAGGCAUUUGCUUUUGUUGCCCAGCACAAGUUGAGUUUUGCAACAGAAUAAAAUGGUUGUCACGAAGGAUCAGGAGGAAUUCAUUUGCCGUAAGCAUGAGCACACACUUAAGCUGCGUAACGAAUACUUGAAGCAGAGCUCCAAUCCUUUCCGUCAUGCCACUGGAGAGGGCGGCACUGUGUUCGAUGCUGGCCUAGCCCGUUUCCAGGCCAUGCGCGUCUCACACAUUGAGCAUUUUCGUCCCACUGGACAUGCGUUCCGCACGGGCCUCUUCGCCGUCGUGCUGCCCAUUGCGAUAUACGCCUGGAUGCUGAAGAGCGAGCGCGAUGGCCGUGAACAGAAAUAUCGCACCGGCCAGGUGGCCUACAAAGAUCGCAGGUUCAAGUUUAUUUAAGGCUCUACUCAACUCUCAGGCAAUA